GUCCCUGUUCUGUGAUUGGCUGAUGUUUGUGUACGAGCUCGCAGACAUUCAGAGAGAGUCACAGAGCUCCUGCUGAUGACGAUAAAGAUGAAGGUGUGGGUGCUGCUCCUCGUCCUCUCUUCGGUCCUCUGUGUCUCUGCUGAUGGUCUCCACGAGACAAACUCCAUCAGUGGCUGUUCAGACACUGAUGGAGAGGAUGUGCUGAUCCUGGAUGAUGAGGUGGUCUGGUACGCAGACUUCAACAAACACACAGGUGUUGAUUCUCUGCCAGCCUUUGCAGAUCACCCACACUGGCAGGAAGGAAUGUAUGAAGAAGCUGUGACUAAUCAACAGAUCUGCAGACAAAACCUGAAGAUGGCUCGUUCAGCUAUGAAGGACUUCCCCAAAGAACUCGAUGCUCCUGACAGUGUGGAAAUCUACACUAUAGUAAAUGUGGAGAUUGGAGUCCAGAACACUCUGAUCUGUCAUGUGACUGGUUUCUAUCCUGCUCCUGUUAACGUCACCUGGAACAAGAACACCAAGAAAGUGGUUGAAGGAACCAGCAUCACUGUUCCCUUAUCCAACAAGGAUGGUACCUUCAGCCAGACGUCCAAACUGGACUUUGUUCCCAAGGGAGGAGAUGUGUACGUCUGCAUAGUGGAACAUGUGUCCUUGACCGCACCACUUACCAAAAUCUAUGAGGUGGACAACGUUGAACCCAUUCUGGGACCUGCAAUAUUUUGUGGAGUGGGUCUGACUGUCGGUGUCCUCGGCGUGGCAGCAGGAAUCUACCUCUUCAUCCGAGGAAGAAAGUGAUGCUGAAUGGUUGAUGCUAAUGUUUGAAUAGAUUUUGAGGUAGACACCAUCCUCUGAUGAACUGAUUUUUAUAUGAUGAAACAUCUGGAGGAAAACUGUGGCAGCUGGUCCGAAUGAUCUCAGACCCUCCUCGUCCUCACUGGGACUGAUUAUUGAUGUGAAACAGAGAGUUUUACAUCAUUAAAGAUUUACUGAGGAAACUUUGAUUUCAGUGUGUUUCUGAAUGUUUCUGUUGUGGAACGGUUUCAUGCUGUAUUUGGUGAGCUGAUUUUUCUUGUGUGCAGAAUGAAGAUGAAGCUCUUGACUUUUUGAAUUAAAAUAACUGAAUGUUUCUUUUUGACAUUAAAUUCAUUCUUUUUAUAAAGCAGAAAAAUUGAAAAAAAAAACCCAAAUAAAAAUCUGGUUUAAAGAAAGGCUAAAAAAAACCUCAGGCCUUAUCAGACUUCUAUUUCCAUUAAUUGUUUCAAAGUUCUUGUCCGGGAACCUGAAGAAAUUAAACCUGAUUACAUUUUAAGAAAAGACUCAAACAGGUCACUAACUGAGUAGAACCAAAUUCACAUGGUGAGGUGGUUCUGAGGCAAACUUCCUCAGAACCACCUCAGAAAGGAUGAAUUCAACACAAGUUAACAUUAAAUCCUACUUUGUUUUUUUCUUUUUUUUUUUAAUUUUUUUUAAAUUUUUUUUAAAUUUAUUUAUUUUAUUUUUUUUUAAAUCCUACUUUGAAUAAUAAACAGCGUGACAAUAAA